GAUAAUAAAGAGAUUCAAGCAGAAGAAAAUAAAGUCAAACAAAAAUGGCGGAGAAAAAGAGAGUCAAGUACUUCAUUGUUGAUGCAUUCGCUGAAUCUGCCUUCAAAGGGAAUCCAGCUGCUGUUUGCUUUCUAGAAGACGAUAACGAGAGAGACGACGCGUGGCUUCAGUCUCUUGCCACCGAGUUCAAUAUCUCCGAGACUUGUUUCCUCACUCCGAUCAUCGGAGACUUGCCUCGCUUCCGUCUCCGUUGGUUCACUCCAGUCGCUGAGGUGGAUUUGUGUGGUCAUGCAACUUUAGCAUCUGCUCACGUUCUCUUCUCAACUGGUUUGGUUGGUUCAGAGACAGUUGAGUUCGACACAUUAUCAGGGAUUCUAACAGCUAAACAUCUCAAAAAUGAUGAUGAUGGAGAAGAAUCAAGUAUCGAAUUGGAUUUCCCUGUUGUUCCAACAUAUGAAGUCAACUACAUUGAUGAUGAUCUCUCUUUGUUCUCCAAAGCCUUGAAUGGAGCUACCAUUCUUGAUGUCAAAGCCACAAAGAAAGACCUCCUCGUAACUAUAUUUCACCAACUGUCUCCAUUUUUCCUAUUCUUGCUAUGGGAACCAAAAUCUCGAUUCUUUUCGAAUGGUUUGCAGGUUGUGCUUUCAUCUUGGGAAGCUGUUAUUGAUUUGAAGCCAAGAUUAGAUGAGAUAUCGAAAUGCCCUUGUGAAGGAAUGAUGGUGACUGCCGCUGCUUCUGAUGGAUCUACUUAUGAUUUCUGUAGUCGCUACUUUGCCCCGAGAUUCGGAAUCAAUGAGGACCCUGUUACUGGAAGUGCUCAUUGUGCUUUAGCUCAUUACUGGAGCCUCAGGAUGAACAAGUGUGAUUUCUUCGCCUACCAGGCUUCAAGCAGAGGAGGAACGUUGAAGGUGCACCUGGACAAAGAGAAGCAGAGGGUUCUACUGAGAGGCAAAGCAGUCACUGUUAUGGAAGGUUAUGUCUUAGUGUGAUUUUGGCUAUGAUGAAAAUUCAGGCUCUUGUAAACGAUGAAAUUAAUAAAAGAUUCCAUAUAUUCUCGGAUAUAUAUAAUUGUAUCCAUUAAUAAAUACUCGUUUU